UGUCCAAUAACAUCGCGUCGCCUGCGCAGCGCCAUGGAUCUCUGAUUUCCACCGCAGCGAAACACCUUUCAACUUUUUAACCGAUUCUCUUUCAACCCAUAAAGCUGCCUCGUGUCCGGUUAUUUCGUUCAUGUGCCUUAAAUCGCCUAAGGGAGUCAUGGAACGGUUUUCGUCCCGACAGAUCUUUGACCACGGGACAUUUGUUCUUGUGAGUGCGGGCUCCCUAUGAAAUAUUGAUCGGUCAUGUACUUUCGCAUUCAUCAUCGAACUGUCGAACGAUUUCCGAUGUGUUAAUAUGCGUAAUUCACCGGACCUUGGACUGUCGGAGGAGUUAGUCGUGGCUGACGAGUCGAUAGUACACGAACUACUGCUGUGACACCGGGCCAAGACGCCACUCAAGAACUAUGCUAAAGGCACCUUCGUCUGACCCAAAGGGCUCUUCUAUCAGCAAUGAGCCUCAGAAUGACCCUUUCACAGAGGAGCCCUGUUAUGAGGCGAACAAACUUAACAGAUUCAGUUCUCAGGCCGAGUCCAUUCCUGUGAAAGUUGACAGCCAGGCCAAGGUGUACCCUUCCAGGAUUGUACAUCCGUUUUCCACCCAGAAAAAAUGUGAGGACAGUACCCAUCAGAGAGGUCAACCUGUCACACCUCAGGCCUGGUCUGGACUAGCUGGUCUCCGCGUCAUGGGCUCUUUCAAAAAACUGCGGUCUUCUGUGUUUCAAGGAAUCCAGAACAGGAGUAAUGCUAUGGCAGCCAGUCAGGAGAGAAAUCUUUCAUCAGUGUUUAAUGAGGAUGGCAAUGGUUUCUUAGUAACCAAAUGGAAUGUCGCAACCAAUCCGAGCACAUGUACGGAAAUGGACAAAGUGUCAAACGGGUCAUCUCAAACUGGGAAAAUAUCUUCGCUUUUGGAUGAAGAUGAAGAUUGUGGGGAGGAUGAAGCUGGGUUUCAGAGAAAUUCCCACUUUUCUCAAAGUAUCCGUAGGGCGUAUGGUGCAGGACGCAUUCCAUUGCUUGACACAGUGCAGAGACAACCGGAAAGCCCAUCGACCAGUGAGCCUGGCUCCGAAAGUCAUUCCUGCAGUACUGUGGAGUCCAUUGAACCUUGCAAGACCCUUGCGACCCAAGAAAAUGUCAAGGUUUUGAGCAGACUGAGCAAAAGUGCUGAAAAUAUUCAUGUCUUUAAGAGUCAUUUUAGACGCAAAGUCAUCUCAGCUGAGCCACAGAACCCAGAAUGCCCCAGUACUAUGAUUCUUCAGAGGGCCACCAGCUCCUCAUCCAUUGACUUUCAGGAAAAUGGUUCAAGUAGACAUCAAAGCCCCAUGAGAAUGCGAGGACAGUUGCAAAAGUUCGUCGGCAGCUUAACGGACCUGUCUGUCAAACGUAAAAACACCCCAGGCCCCACCCAUAGAGAACUGCUUUCACCUCUUAGUCAACUCCAUGAUGACUACUCCCGCAGAACACCCUGUCUUUCUACAUGUGGCCGCCAACGGAGGCCUUCUCUCACACCCAACAAAGCCCAGCUCAAAACACAUAUCAACACUCACCAACAUAUUCCAACUUUACACCCGGCUCCCUCAUGCCCCGCUGCCUUUAGCUCCACCCUUAAUGACUCUCUGGAGCCUCCUAGCAAAACAGCAGCCCUUAAAAGUGACUCUGGGCAGGUGGCUGUGUCCUCAACAGAUUUACAUUCAGAUAUUCCAGUCUGUUUGCUGGAAAGAUACUCUGAACCUAUGGAGUGUCAUCAAAAUGGAAUAAAUGACCAGUACUCCCAAAUGUACAAGCAAUGCUCAAGCCCUAGUCAAAAGAAGACAGUUAAUGGUAUUAACAUUAACUUGGAGUGUAUAUGGAAGACUGCAGAGAGGGAGACUGAUGAUGUAGAGUCUUCUUCACAUGACCUGGUCACAAAAGGUCUAUUGAAAACAAGCGAUGAGUUCCCUGCAACAUCAUCUUUACCUGUCACAUCCACCUGUACUGCUGAAUCGCCCCUGGCAACAACUCCAACAACACCAAAUUCACCAGCCUCUGCCACUAACUCGCCCACUUCUUUAGUGCCCAGGAGAAGAGCAGGUCGAUCUAGGCCUCGGCCAUUCUCUGACUAUGGCCAGCUGAGCAGCACAAAGUACUGCAUACCGGAGGAGGACAGGGAGUCUGAGAAUAUGGACUACACUUCCCAAAAGGACUACAAUAGCAAUGGCAGCUACAAAGAGAGCAGCAGACAAGAGCAUGGUCUGGUCUGCACUCAAGCAGAGAGCAGAAAGAGACAUCCCAUCUCUGUUAUUGGAGGAGUGGAUCUGUUUUCGUCCCAAUCUGCUGAGCAAAAGGAUGACACUGAAAGUUUGCCCUCUCCUGUUUCUCGGCCUCCAGUUCCCUCUCAUAGAGUACCUCCAUACCGGGCAGUGUCUGCCCGUCUGAGACCCUGCGUAUUCUCCCAAAGCACACCUAUCGGUCUGGAUAGAAUGGGGCGACACAGAGGGCGCAGAGUGCUCAGUGUAGAUGGUAGUUCUGAUCCAAUGCUGGAUGACAGUGUGAGUGAGGAGGAUGGCAGUUUUGAAGAACUGACUGAAGGAACACCAUAUCUCCAACCAGAAGUCGACCUUUUCACCCUGAAUCAGUACAUAAACUCAGGUCAUGCUGUGCAUGCUGAGGCCCUGUGGGAUCAUGUGACGAUGGAAGAGCAGGAGCUGGCCUUCAAAGCCGGUGAGGUGAUCCGGGUUCUGGAUGUUCAGGAAAAGGACUGGUGGUGGGGGAUGGUGGGCGACCGCGAGGCUUGGUUUCCCUCAAGCUUUGUGCGGGUUCGGGUGAAUCAGGAGGACUCAAGCAGUGGGAGUGUGGAGAGCGCACUGGAUACGGAAGAAUCCGCCCCCUCGGACACGCACAAACAAAGCUCAGAGCACAGAGAGCAGAUGAGAGCUAAUGUGGUCAAAGAGAUCAUGGACACCGAACGUGUUUACAUCAAACAUCUCAAAGAUAUCUGCGAGGGUUAUAUCCGUCAAUGUAGGAAACAUCCUGGCAUGUUCACUGAUGCACAGCUAAAGACAAUCUUCAGCAACAUUGAGGACAUCUACAAGUUUCAAAGGAAGUUUCUCAAGGACCUUGAAAAGAAAUACAACACAGAAAACCCUCAUCUGAGUGAGAUUGGCUCCUGCUUUCUUCAACAGGGGGAAGAUUUCUGUAUAUACUCUGAAUACUGUAACACACACCCAGCUGCGUGUACUGAAUUGCACCGGUUAAUGAAACAAGGGAGAUAUAAACACUUUUUUGAGGCGUGUCGUCUCCUACAGCAGAUGAUUGACAUCUCUAUCUCCGGCUUUUUACUCACACCUGUACAGAAGAUCUGUAAAUAUCCUCUUCAGCUGGGAGAGCUGUUGAAAUACACACCCAAAGACCACCGUGACUAUGAAGGGGUGUGUGACGCACACAAAGCGAUGAAGAAUGUGGCAAGUCUGAUAAACGAGAGGAAGAGACGAUUGGAGAGCAUUGACACCAUCGCUCACUGGCAAGUGGGCAUUCUCCAUUGGGCGGGUGAUGAUGUGUUAACACGGAGCUCGGAGCUCAUCCACUCAGGUGAGCUGACACGGAUAGUACGGCCCGGUAAGACUCAGCAGCGCAGCUACUUCCUGUUUGACCACCAGCUGGUGUUCUGUAAGAAAGACGUCCUGCGGAGAGACCUGCUACACUACCGCGGUCGUCUGGACUCAGACCACCUUGAGCCAAUAAAUCUGCCCGAUGGACGGCACUCUGAGCUGAGCUUUCUGAAGAACGCCUUCCUCCUGCGGCAUUCAGAGAAUCUGGAGGUGCUCUGCGUGCUGUGCUGCAGAAAGAACCAGGACAAGCAGCAAUGGCUGCAAGCGUUUGCUCGGGAGCGCAGACGGGUGGAGGAGGACCAAGAGAUGGGAAUGGAGAUAACUGAGGACCAGAGAAAGCAAGCAGUUCAGAACGCGAGAAAAUCAAAACAAGGCAAAAUGAAAAAAAUGAGUUAUUCUGGUCAUCCAGCGUCUCCCCACCAUCAGUCACUACAUCCUCUCCAUCAACGACAUGUGACUGUGCCAACCAGCAUCCCCCAGCAACAAGUCUUCUCUUUAGCAGAGCCAAAGAAGACACCUUCUCACGUAUGGUACUCAUUUGCACGCAGCGCCCUCUUCAGGAAAUGACAGAAAAGAGACUUAAUGCUCCUCAGACAACAUGACUGUUUUUACUUCUUCUUGAUGAGGAGAUCCAUAAAUGGUGUAAUACUACUGGACAAUGUCUGUGUGUGUGUGUUUUUUUUUUUUUUUUUAAUACUUAAAUACAUUCACAAUGUGUAUAUUUAUAUACAUAUAACCAUGUGUGUGUGAUGACAUAUGUGCCUGAGUAUAAAGCCUCAUUAUGUAGAAUAAGCAAACCAUACAUAGACUGGAUGCACAUGUUUGCGCUUGUAUAAAAAUAUGCAUGUCAGAGUGUGUGUGAGUUUGCUUGGGAAGAGAGAGAAAUGUUUAGUCUCAGUGUUUAAAGUGUUAGUCAUUUUUAUGUCUUGUCUGUUAUGGUCAAGAAGCUGCCGUUGUGAGUUUGUCCCAUCCUAGUUUGACUCCUCAUCCCAAUCUGUGUCGGAUAUGACAAUGAGUUAUUAAUUGUUUUGGCUUUUUAGCUACAUGUCUAUAUAACUGUAUUUCUUUUGCCUGAGGCUAAAGCCUUUUAGAUCUUAUUCCAAUUAAGAGUAAACAUACUAACAUCUGUUAUGUAAAUAAACUUGGACAAAUGUA